AUGUCUGUCACAAUUAAGGAGACUCUUUACGUUAAGCCAUCCAGGCCAACGAAACAUGUUCAAAUUGCGCUUUCUAAUUGUGACAUUAUCGUGUCAACAAUUUAUGUUGGGCCCAUUUAUUUUUUUAAAAAUGUUUUAAAGAAAGAUAAUUUUAUGAACAUUCAAAAACUUUUAGCAUCACUUGGGGAUGUGUUAAACGAUUAUUAUCCUCUGGCUGGCACACUUAAAAGUGCAUUUGAUGGUAGACCUAUUAUCGACUGUAAUGAUCGUGGCGUUCAAUUUAUCGUUGCUGAGUGUUCUGGCAUUACAAUCAAUCAGCUUGAAGAAAAGAAUUGGGAACAUGCAGCUAUUCCUCACGGAUUAAGGCAAAAAGAAAAUAUACGUACUGAAAUUAAUCCAAUUCUAUUUACAAUACAACACACUACUUUUGUUGAUGGAUCCAUAGCCCUUGGUUUUGCUAUACAUCAUCAUAUUAUGGAUGGUUAUGGUCUUUUUACUUUUAUUAAAAAUUGGGGACGAAGAGCUCGUUUAGAACAGAUUGACCCACCUAUUCAUGAUCGAAAUUUGCUAAAAGCAAAUGGUAACCAUUCAACAUAUGUUCCUUAUGAAUAUUUUGUAAUGAAACCGACUGAAAUUAUUUAUCCACACGGACCUACAAAUAAGUCUUUAACUACCAAAAUUUUCCGCUUUUGUCAAGAUGAUCUUAAGAGAUUACAUGAUUAUUAUUCUGCUGGUAUUCCUAAUGGGUCUUGGAUUUCAACAAAUGAUGCACUUGUAGCUCACUUUUGGAGGACAAUGACUAGAGCUCGAAAUAUUAAUUUAAAUACUGAAGUAUUUUGUAGCAUUUCUCUUAAUGGACGUGAUAGAUUAAAUCCACCUAUUCCAAAAAGUUAUUAUGGAAAUGUUGUUUUGUAA